AUGUCUGGAGCCAUGGCUGAAGAGGAGAUUGAUCUUUACGGCCUUCUCUCGAUCGAUAAAGAUGCGACUGAAGCCCAAAUAAAGAAGGCGUAUCGCCAGGCCGCCCUUAAAUACCAUCCCGACAAAGUUCCGCUAGAGCAACGUGAGGAAUCAGAAAUCAAGUUCAAAGAAAUUACACAGGCAUACGAAAUUCUCAGUGACGAGCAGAAGCGACACCUUUACGAUGCCCACGGCAUGGCAGCCUUUGAUCCGUCCCGUGGAGGUGGCCCAGGCGGACCGGAAGUAGACCUCAACGACAUUCUUUCACAAAUGUUUGGCUUCAAUAUGGGUGGCCCUGGUGGCCCCGGAGGCCCGAAGCGGCCACGCAGAGGACCCGACGAAGAGCAAGAAUACAAAGUUACGCUCGAAGAACUCUACAAAGGCAAGACUGUGAAAUUCGCAGCUAAUAAGCAGGUUGUUUGUGGCCAGUGCAAGGGGUCUGGGGGUAAAGAAAAGGCCAAGUCAAGCACUUGCGAGCGCUGCAAGGGCAAUGGCAUGGUUGAAGCAAUUCGACAAAUUGGUCCCGGCAUGAUGAGAAGGGAAACAGUUCUGUGUGACCAUUGCCAAGGAGCUGGUCAGGUAUACAAAGAGAAGGAUCGAUGCAAAAAGUGCAAGGGCAAGAGAACGACGCAAGAAAAGAAGGUUUUGGAGAUAUACAUUCCACGAGGUUCAAUGCAAGGCGAGAGAAUUGUUCUGGAGGGCGAAGCAGACCAAUACCCCGACCAAAUACCUGGCGAUAUUGUGUUUACUCUAGUAGAGGAACACCACGACACCUUCUCACGAUUGGGUAACGACCUAUCGGCCGAGCUAACGGUUACUUUGGCAGAAGCCUUGACGGGUUUCUCUCGAGUUGUGCUCAAGCACCUUGACGGCCGAGGAAUCCAUCUUGAACGGCCGCGAGGCAAAAUUCUGCGGCCAGGUGAUUGCCUAAAGAUUCCCGGUGAAGGCAUGCCCAUGAAGCGUGGCGACGUAAAGGGCGAUCUUUAUCUUCUCGUAACCGUGGAAUUCCCUGAUGACGGCUGGCUCGACGGCAAUGCUUCUUACGAAGCUCUGCAAAAAAUGCUACCACCACCGCCAGCGCCGAUCGAGGCUGAGGUUGUUGAUGAACUUGAGUAUGAAGAUGGGGCCGACAUUGAAAAGAUGGGCGAAAACUCCGGAGAUCCUCGGUUCGCAAGUGAGUGGGAAGAUGAAGAUGUAGACGAAGGUCAAGCUCAAUGCCAGACGCAGUAG